UACACAUUUACAGAUUGUGUAAGUCAAGUCAACAAGAGCAAUCCAAGGCACUUCCUUGUCAACACUCUUUCUGAAAAACGUACAAACGAGUAUCUGAGCAUUAAGAUGAGAUGAACUGGGGUAAAUCUUGAAGAGAAGUUUAAUGUGUUGUUCUUUCGAGAAUUUUGAAUGGAUGUUUCACAGUUGCUUCCCAGAAAUUAACCCGUGUUAGGAAAUGGCGUCUGUUGCAUGGCAGCUUGUGGAAACAUUGGAUGAACUGGAGCCAGAGAAACUGAAAAGGUUCAAGUGGCAUUUAAAACAACGUGAAUCGGCUUUGUCUGAUAAACUGGAGAAUGCAGACGUCACAGACACUGUGGAUCAGAUGCUGGAGCGUUUUGGAGAAGACGGAGCUGUGAAGAUCACAUGUGACAUCCUGAAGAAGAUGAAACACACGCAGCUGGCUGUACAGUUAGAGACGAAGGAAGUGCCAAGUAGUUCAGUUGUGGUUUCCAGCCCAGUUUGCUCAGAAAUCUCUUUCGGAGUGAAUGCUGAAACCGGUGCGAGUGUGAAUGCUCCUUUUAUAAGUGGAAACACUUUCACCGGCCCAGUACAAAUGCACUACAAAGACCAACAAACACCUUUAGUUCGAGAGGCAGCCAAGAAACAUAGGAGAACACAAGCAGGUGGUUCUGUUUUGGGAAUAUUAUUACAGAGUUUCUGCCCGUAUCAAACCGAUGAAUUUGUUUUGAGAAAAUUCCUGAAAAAUCACAAAGCCAACAUGAAGAGAAAAACAGAACGCGUUUUUGAGAGCAAGAAAAAGCAUAAAGUACACCUGAAGAAUGUUUACACAGAACUCUUCAUCACAGAGGCAGAUAUUGAGGAUGUCAGCGACGAACACGAGAUUCAAAAGAUUGAGAAAUGUGUAAAACAGCAAAAAUCUCACAAUAAACCAAUUAACUACAAUGAUAUUUUCUUUUCGCUCGGGCACAAUGAGUUGAACAAGACUGUGCUCACCAAAGGCAUCGCUGGCAUUGGAAAAACCUUCGUUGUGCGCAAGUUCAUUCUGGAUUGGGCCGAAGGAACAGCCAAUCAUAGCAUAGACGCCAUGUUCCUGCUUCCUUUCGGGGAGAUUAACCAGAUUAAAGAUGAAGAGACAAGUUUUCAUGAGUUUCUACAGAAAUUUUAUCCUGAAAUGAAAGAGCUAAGCGAGUCAAUGUUAUACGAGCGUAAGCUUCUGUUCAUCUUUGAUGGUCUUGAUGAGAGUCAACUAUCGUUGAACUUUAAAUGUACAAUUCUGAAUAGUGUAAAUAACAGAUCAUCCAUAGAUGGACUGUUUAUAAAUCUGAUCAGAGGAAAUCUGCUUCCAUCAUCGCUCAUCUGGAUCACCUCAAGACCAGCGGCGGCCAAUCAGAUUCCUCCCGAGUUCGUAGGUUUGUUCACCGAGGUGCAAGGAUUCACCGACCCGCAGAAGGAGGAAUACUUCAGAAAGAGAAUCAAAGAUGAGAAUCAAGCCUCUAAAAUUAUCUCUCACAUCAAGGCGUCUCGUAGUCUCUACAUCAUGUGUUACAUCCCUGUGUUCUGUUGGAUCGCCGCCACCGUGCUUCUCGAUAUUCUCAUCAAGAACAACAGCGAGAACAUCCACACGACGCUGACUGAAAUGUACAUUCACUUUCUGCUGAUUCAGAUGAACAUGAAGAACCAGAAGUACGACGAAGAAGUGGAAAGAGAUCACACAAAGCUCUUAGAUUCCAACAGAGCGAUAGUUUUGAAGUUGGCCAAGCUGGCGUUUGAACAGCUGAAGAAAGAAAGCACGAUAUUUCGUGAGGAAGAUCUUGAAGAAUGUGGUAUUUAUGUGAGUGAAGUCUCAGAGAACACAGGAAUAAUCGCUGAGAUCUUUAAGACGGAAGCUGGACUUCACGAGAGGAGGGUCUUCCGCUUUGUUCAUCAAAGUGUUCAAGAGUUUCUCGCCGCGCUGCACGUGUUCUUCUGCUACAUGACCAAGAACGUGAAUGAACUUGUUUUUUUCUUCGAAGAACGACAGGACUAUAUCUUACUGCAUGACCUACUGAAGAAAGCGGUAAACAAGGCAGUGCACAGUCAUAAAGGACAUCUGGAUCUGUUUCUGCGCUUUCUGCUGGGCCUUUCACUGGAAUCCAAUCAGAAACUGCUAAAAGGUCUCCUCACAGACACUGAAGAUAGCAGAGAAAGCAUCAGAGAAACCAUCCAAUACAUCAAACAAUUUCACAAGAAGCACAUGGCAUCUGAAGCCUCAACCAACCUUACGUUUUGUUUAAGCGAGUUAAAGGACUACUCGCUACUUACGGAAAUCCAGACGUACGGAAGUCCCGAUGUCUCUCCAGAAAGACACCAGUCAUCCUCAAUGUGCUCAGCUCUGGCCUACAUGAUCUUUAUGUCAGGGGACGUGCUGGACGAGUUCAACCCGAAACUGUACGAGACAUCUCCGGCAGGGUAUAUGCGACUGAUCUCCGCUGUGAGAUGCUGCAGAAAGGCCAUAUUUAGCAGCUGUGGACUCAAUGACACAUGCUGUAAAAGUGUGUCUUCAGCUCUUCAAUCUUCAGAUUCUCCUCUGAGAGAUCUUGAUUUGAGCAAUAAUGAUCUUCAGGAUUCAGGAGUGAAGCUGAUCUCUGAUGCUCUCAACAACACAAACUGUCAACUAGAGAUACUGAGACUGGCCCUCUGUAAUAUCACAGUUGAGUCCUGUAAAAGUGUUUCUUCAGCUCUUCAAUCCUCAAAUUCUCCUCUGAGAGAUCUUGAUGUGAGUAACAAUGAUCUUCAGGAUUCAGGAGUGAAGCUGAUCUCUGAUGCUCUCAACAACACAAACUGUCAACUACAGACACUGAGAAUGGCCAUGUGUAAUCUCACCGAUCAGUGUUGUGAAAGUUUGUCUUCAUGUCUACAAUCCUCAAAGUCUCCUCUGAGAGAUCUUGAUGUGAGUAACAAUGAUCUUCAGGAUUCAGGAGUGAAGCUGAUCUCUGAUGCUCUCAACAACACAAACUGUCAUCUACAGACACUGAGGUUAUCAGGUUGUAUGGUGACAGAUGAAGGAUGUUGUUAUUUGGCUUCAGCUCUGAGUUCAAACCCGUCACACCUGAGAGAACUCGACCUGAGCUACAAUCACCCACAACACUCAGAACUUCAGCUGCUCGCUUAUCAAAAUGAUCCAAACUAUGCUCUGAAGAUUCUCAAUUUUGACCAUGGGGGUGAAUUCAGGAUUAAAUCAGGGCUACAAAAAUAUGCCUAUGAUCUCACACUGGAUCCAAACACAGCCAACGUUCAUCUGGUUCUGUCUGAAGAGAACAGAAAGAUCACACGAGUGAUUGAGUCUCAGUCGUAUCCUGAUCAUCCAGACAGAUUUGAUGAGUGUCUUCAGGUUUUGUGCGGAGAGAGUCUGACCGGACGCUGUUACUGGGAGGUGGACUGGGGCGGGAGAGAAGCGGAUGUAUCUGUAUCUUAUAAAGGAAUCUGUAGGGAAGGACGAAAUAAUGACUGCUGGUUCGGAUACAACAAAAAGUCCUGGAGUCUGAUCUGCUCUCCUUACAGAUUCACUGCCUGUCACAAUAAUAAGAAAACUUUUAUUUCUGCUCCUUCACCUCCAUCUAAUCGAGUAGGAGUGUAUGUGGACUGGCCGGCCGGCACUCUGUCCUUCUACAGCGUCUCUGACACACACACACUCACACACUUACACACAUUCAACACAACAUUCACUCAACCUCUGUAUGCUGGAUUUGGGGUUUAUUUUAACUCAUCUGUGUCUCUGUGUAAAAUGACUUUAUAGUUAUCAUCUCAGUAUGGAUUACUAACAUCACUACUUUAAAGUUAUCUUUUUCUAUAAAUUUGUUUUUCCACCCAAAGUUUGCAUGCCUGUAUGUCUUAAUUUUAUUUUAGAUUCUUGUUCUUAAUUAACAUUUUAAAUAGCUACAUUAUACUGUACAAUAUGAGGAUUUCAAGCGUGGCUCCCUGUAGAAAUUGUAAAAUAAAAACCAAAUAU